GCGAACCCGCUCGACCGUUCACUGUCGCCGCGUCACCGUUCGCCCUCGCACUACCGUCUCUCGUUCGACGCCGUGCCCUACGUCGCGCGUCCCUCUCACUCGUGUCUCCCCGUUUCUCUAUCACCGGCUAUCGGGUUCGUCUAUCCCCAUCCCCAUCCCUGCCGUCCAUCGCUCGCACGCCGGCACCGGUUCGCAACAAUCCACACGCGGCCGCGGACGAACGCAUGCGGGGCCGCCGCCGGUGCGCGUGAACGCAGCAGUAGCCGCGCGCGCCAUGUCGCACGGACGCCAAACGACGACCACGACGACAGCGACGAAGACGGCGACGAUCGACGCGAUCGGCUCGCACGCCACUGCCACCGCGACUAGCUGAUGUCCCGACGCUAAGCCGCGGAGCCCUUGCCGCCCCAGCUACCGUCUCCUGCUCCUCCGAACCCGUUUCGCGGGCCACGCGCACGCGCGUCCGACGAUGGAUUUUGUAAAGUCGAGCUGGUUCACCGUCGUUCCCAUUGCCGCCGCUGAAGCCGUCGACGUCGACACUGAUCGCGCUACAGUUGCUGCCUCGCCGAAAACUCGGACCCGAACGCACUGCAAACGGAAAGCGUAGUUGACUAAUAGAAUGGAAGUUUUACAAACAGAACAACAUAAUGAAGGUAAACCUCAUAUCAUAAAAAUUAAUAAUGGUAGCACCCCAAGUACAAAUAUGACCGACGUUGACCAAGUUAAUAACGCAAAGGAGCCUGUAAUUUUAAAUACCAUACCUAAUAUCCUAGAUGCUCCAAAAUCAUCAACAGAAGAUUCUGAAACUAUAGUUCAAAAUGUAUUAAUUAAUAUGAAAUCUGAUGUAUUAUGCUCAACCAAUUCAGAAAAUAAAACCAACAUGGAUUGUAAUGUAAAAUCUUAUGAUAGCAAUGAUAAAAAUCUAUGCUUAAGUUUAUCUACAUCAAAUUCUAAUUUUAAUCCUUCUGAAACUCUAGUUUUUUCAAGUACUGAAACAACUUAUUCGGAUGUAAAUAAUGUUUUUACUACUAAAAAAAAAGGGUUUUCAAUUGAAGAAAUUAGUAAAGAUGAAGUAUCUCAAAAUAGCCAAAGUAUGUCAUCCUAUUCAAAUGAUUAUACUUGUUUUUUAAGUGAGCAAACAGAUGCUAUAAGCAAUUUAACCCCUUUUAAAAGAAGCAAUAGCUAUUAUUUCGAUUCUCCAGUAAAGAAGUUAUGUUCUACCAAGCUAGAUAGCGAGGAAAAACCUAAUAAAUUACCUAAUGCUACAUUAUUUUCAAGUGAAAAUAAUAGUAAAAUAUAUACUGGAUUCACUAGCAUUCAAAAUGAUUUAGAAGUAGAUUGUAUUCAAGACCGAUACGAUGGUAGUGAUUCUGGAUUUGGAUCAGAAUUAGCUGAAGACAAGAACUGCAAUAAUUUGGAUGUAUCAAUAGCAGCAUCAAAUUCAUCAUAUAAAAAUGAUUUUGCAUUGAACCAAGAAUCCAGUUUUGAAGAUUUACAAAGAACAUCAAAUGAAUUUUUAUCUGCAAUGGAAGUACUAAAGCCUAAGUUCUCAGAUUCAGUUGUCGAUUCAGUUCCAAUAGAAGUUAAGGAUAAUUAUGUUUUUGUUAAAGGCAUUUUGAAACGAAAUAAACCUAUCAAUUAUGGUGUCUUAGCGUCUGAUAUAGUUUCAACAGAAAAGAAACGUAAAAAUAUAAAUUUCACAAAUGUUACAGUUUUCUAUUUUCCUCGUGUUCAAGGAUUUACUUGUGUUCCAUCACAGGGUGGUUCUACUCUUGGAAUGACUAGAGUUCAUAGUGCUUCACGAGUUUUUUCACUUCCUGAAUAUAUUGCUGAACAGCGUAGGAUACGUCGAAAUUUGAUUCAGCUGAGUCAGUCUGAGGUGUCCGGUACAAAUAGUGAUGAUAGUGAUAGUGAUGUAGGAACAGCAGAUGUUUAUUCUGAAUCUGAAGCUGAUUUGGAUUCAGAUAGCAACGGAAGUUUUUUACAGCCUGUACCUACCCGACAAAGACGUGCUUUAUUAAAAGCAGCUGGUGUUGAAAAAAUUGAUCCUUCAGAAAAAGAUGAUUGCAAAAGCAUAAGGCUAUCAAGAGAAUUUUGUGGCUGUUUGUGUCGUGGUUUUUGUGAUCCUGAUACUUGUGCUUGUUUUCAAGCAGGAAUAACAUGUCAAGUUGACAGAAUGAAUUUUCCAUGUGGAUGUACAGUAGAUGGUUGUGGAAAUUCUGUUGGUCGGAUAGAAUUUAAUCCGACAAGGGUUCGAAAACACUUUAUUCAUACUAUAAUGAGACUUGAAAUUAAAAAAAGAGAAGCACAAGAAGAGGAGCAGUGUAACAAACUAGCAAUGACAUCCCCACUUCUAUCUAAUUUUUCUUAUCAUGAUUCUAGACAUAUACAACCAUAUUAUCAACCACAGCAUUAUGAACACAGUCUAAAUGAUUAUAACUAUCAUUCAUUUUUGCCUGUUUAUGAUGGCCAGCAUUUUGCUCCUGAAACUAAUACAUUGAAUAACUAUCAUUUAAACAAUUCACACACUUUGUAUGAACCAUACCAAUCAUUUCCAUCUGCGUUUGUGCCUUUAUCUCAAGACAGACCUAGAGGAAUGUCUAUUUUAGAUAACAAACCUGAAUCUUUUACGGAGCUAUUGCAGCCAUACAGUUUACAUGGUACUGAGAAUACCAAUUCACUUGGUAUUUCUAAUAUCCCAAGUACAUCUGAUAAAGAUAGUUUCAAUUUAGAAACUGAAAAUUUAGGAGAAAUUAUUAAAAACACUAUAGUUGAAAGUGUUAAUUCAUAAUAUUCCCAACCUACCAUAAAAACAAAUGUUCU